UGUCACAAAGUCUCUUCUGCUGAAAUUAUUAGUGGUGGCAAAUAAAUUGUUCUCAACUGAACAGUGUUCUUAAUGUGUGUAGAGAAUAGGGAAGCAAGCUAUUUGUCCAGGCUGCCCUUCCACGCCUCUUGGCUUUUGCUCACAGCAUGGUCAAGCCUAAGCUUUUCGCAAAAAGUGAGUUCAUGUAAAGGUUAGCGUCAGUUGUUCUGGAUAUGGCCUUUCAAAGAGUGGCAUUCAGGUCAGAGACAUUUCUUAGAAACACACUGUUAGCAUUUAGAGCACAUGGAAGCAUUUUCAGUAUAACAAGGAGCACACAUUAUGUCCACAUUGCCACAUUGGGCUUUUGGAGUUCUGCCAAUCAUGAAACCGUGUCUUUCUAUUUUAUCAAAGACCCAAGGCACCUGUUACUUUUCCGCAUUUUAUCCACCAUCCCUUUGUAAAUAAAACAUUUCUACUUUUAGUUAUCUACUUUCAGAAUAAAGCCACAUGAAGCUGAUUAUCGACAAGAAACAUGUUACCAUUAAAAAGCUUUCAACUUGGAUAUUUUUGCUUUACACAGUAAUAUAGAAACAAGCUUCUUUUUCACCCUGAUAUCUCUGAAGGCCCUGUGUAUCGUGUUGCACCAUAGGAAUGCUCUGGCUCCUUGUUUACCACCUCCCACUCCAGAAGUGUGUGCUUUUACAGCAGCCCAACAGAAGCAGUCCAGGACAUUCCAGAUGGCUCCACUCUGUUGGUUGGAGGGUGGAUAAUUUUGGCCUGGGUCUGCUCCUAAAGACCAAACAGAUUAAGCGGAUGAUUUCUUCUUAUGUUGGAGAGAAUUUAGAGUUUGAAAGGCAGUACCUAUCUGGAGACCUGGAAGUGGAGCUCAUUCCUCAGGGCACAUUGGCAGAGAGGAUAUGGGCAGGUGGUGCAGGUAUUCCAGCAUUCUUCACUGCCACAGGGUAUGGUACACUGAUCCAGGAGGGGGGCUCGCCCAUCAAAUAUUACAGAGAUGGCAGCGUGGCUAUUGCCAGUGAGAAGAGAGAGGUUCGGGAGUUCAAUGGGAGGCACUUUGUCAUGGAAAAAGCAAUUACUGGUGACUUUGCCCUUGUAAAGGCCUGGAAAUGUGACAAGGCAGGAAAUCUUGUGUUUAGGAAAACAGCCCGGAACUUCAGUCAGCCCAUGUGUAAGGCGGCUAAAGUAACAAUAGUGGAGGUGGAGGAGAUUGUUGAUGUUGGGAGUUUUGCUGCAGAGGACAUUCAUAUACCUAGUAUCUACAUAGAUCGGGUGGUGAAAGCGGCAAGUUAUGAGCAGAGAAUAGAGAAAAUGAUAUUUUGGUCAUCACAGACAGUGAAUCCCAAUAGCAAGGACUCAGACAGAACAAGAGAGAGGAUCAUCCGUCGUGCAGCCCUGGAGUUUUGUGAUGGGAUGUAUGCUAACCUGGGGAUUGGGAUUCCCAUGUUGGCCAGCAAUUAUAUUAGCCCUGAAAUCACUGUCCAUCUACAAAGUGAAAAUGGCAUUUUAGGACUGGGUCCUUAUCCCACAGAGAUUGAGGUGGAUCCCAAGAUCAUCAAUGCAGGUAAGGAGACAGUCACUGUUCUUCCAGGGGCUUCCUAUUUUUCCAGUGAUGAAUCUUUUGGAAUGAUCAGGGGCGGUCACAUUGACCUAACUAUGCUUGGGGCAAUGCAGGUGUCUAAGUAUGGGGACCUGGGUAACUGGAUGAUCCCAGGCAAGAUGGUGAAGGGCAUGGGCAGGGCUAUGGACCUGGUCUCUAGUGCUGGGACCAAAGUAGUCAUUACCAUGGAGCACUCAACCAAGGGUGGGAAGCACAAAAUCCUAGAGAAGUGCACACUGCCCCUGACCGGAAAGCAGUGUGUUGAUUGCAUCAUCACUGAAAAGGCAGUAUUUGAUGUAGACAAGACCAAAGGACUCGCUCUCAUUGAAAUUUGCGAGCGGCUAAGUCCAGAUGAUAUCAUUGCCUAUACUGGGGUGGAUUUUGAGGUAAGCCUGAGUGAUCACACUGAAGUGCUUGCUACAUGCUGUGCAUGCAUUAUUGUAUUUGCUGUACAGAAGAUAGAUUGCCUAAAGUAAGAUCUGUUUAAUCUGUGCUUCAUAGUUCCCAAAAAUAUCUUAUUAUUAGUCAAUUAAGCAUGACUCACAUAAUAAAGAAAGAACACUCUUUCAGCAAUUGUGGCAUUGGAAAAGCACGUCCUAUUAGUAAUUUCCUCUUCUCUGUCUCUCUUAUUGUGUUUUAAUUGUUGUUUAUUGUUUUUUAAAGCAUUUGUGGAACUACUUGACCUAGGAACACAUCCAUUUUGAAAUGUCUUUUUGAAUUAUUUUCAGAUAUCCCAAACCUUAAGGCCAAUGCAGCAAAUAUUAUAUAUAUA